GUCAUCAGUGUGCAGCUGAUAUAAAGUCAGCUGGAAGUAAAAGACUCACUUGUGAGAGAUGAGGGGCUCAGUUCUGUUUCUGGCUUUAGCCAUCGCCCUAUGCCUGGCCCUGCCAUCCUGCAAUGCCAGGCCGGGUGAGCUGGUUGUGAAGCAGAAGUGUGCCAAGGCAGCCAGUGCUGCCUCUAGCAGUCAGGAGGAGGAAAGUGAGACUUUGGUCAAGAAGGUUGGUGGCUGUGGAUGUGGUUGUGGAGCCUCUGCUAUCUCUUCCUGCAAGAAGAAGGCCAAGAAAGCUGCAGCUGUUGCAUCCUCCAGUUCCUCAUCCAGCUUGGAAGCCAGGAAGGUCGUCGGACUUAAGGCUCCUUGUGGCUGCCAAGCCAAGAAGGCCGUUGUUAAGGCUCCUUGUGGCUGCCAAGCCAAAAAGGCUGUUGUUGUUAAGGCUCCUUGUGGCUGCAAAGCCAAGAAGGCUGUUGUUAAGGCACCAUGUGGCUGCAAACUGCUGUCCGAGACCCAGAUCAAGCAGAAGUACGCUAAGCUGAAGGAUGAGUCUCUCGACACCUACUUCAAGCGUAUCGUCUCCAGAUCCUACGAGUGGACCUCUACCACAGACGCCUACGUCAAGACUCUGAGCCUGGUGUGGAAGGAUUUCAGCGGCCUGGACCUCUGGUACAACAAGAAGUACGUCUCCCUAGUCAAGGACUUCUACUCUCUCUACUACGCCAAGCAGGCUUCUGAAUCAUGGGAGAGUUACUACAGCAGACUUGUGAAGAGGGAGGCCUGGGAGACUGAAGAUUUGUUCGCCAAAAGGAUCACUGUCAUCCGUGACUGCUUCCCUGACUUAGACCUGUGGGUCAACCCCGUGUGGUUUGACAAGUACACCAAAACCUUGUACUCUUGUGAGUUCAAGAGGUUUGCCCAAGAGUCGGAUGUCGACUACAUCAACAGAAUCAUCCAGGAAGACUCCCUCUUCGACUUCUCUAAGGAAAAAUGGGCCAAGAGAAUUUUCCUUAUUCAGGAAGCUACCCUCUCCAGCUGUUCACUCUGGUACGAUGAGAAGUACCUCUCCUACUUCAAGAACUUCUACUCGAUCUGGUACAAGAAGAAGGAUUCAGAGACUUGUGAAGGUUGGCUCCAACGUGCUCUUACUCCCCUCCCCGGUGAGUCCUUUGACAAUGCCUUCAAGAGGAUUACUUUCAUCAAGCAGAUCACUGGCGACUGCGGCUGCUGGAAACUUGACUACUUCAAGAAGGUCCAAGAAGCCAAGUGUUUCCAGGACGACUGGAUUCUCAAGGUUAAAAAAGGUUUCUUCCCCUGCGGCUGCGGUGGUGGUGUCACCGUUGAGCGCUCCUCCUCCAAGAAAGCCAAGGCUGCGUCUAGCUCCUCAGCAUCUGAGAGCUCCGAGGCAGUUAGGAUUGUCAAGGCUUAGUUUUAUGGGGUACCCAUCACUAUCGUCUUGGAUCUAGCUUCAUCCUCAAAUGUUUCUCUAAUGUCAACAAAAACUCACUCUUAUAAACUAGUUUCAGCACCUUA